UAAAUAAUAAAUAUUUAUAUUAAAAUAUACUAUAUAUAUAUCCAUGUCAUUAAAAUUUAGUUAUAUACUAUAUAAAACAAAUAAAAUAAUGUUUUGAUUUAUUUACCAAAAAAAGUAUCAUAAAUUAGAUGUAUUGUUUCGAUUUAUAUGCUCACUCUGAUUUAAUUAUAUACAUAAUAAAUAAAUGAAUAUAAAUAAAUAAUAAUAUAUAAAAUUUAUUUUUAUAUAUAACAUAAUUGUGCGGGUCUUAAGUCAUAUGAUAAUCUAGAAUACUUAUACACUAAUCAGCAUCCCAACCAUUAUAUAAGAAGUUGUAAAAUAUGAAAUACAUAUUUAUAAAAUAUCUAAUUCAAAACCAAGAGCGCCCAUAGAAGUGAGAUAGAUUUUUAGCUUAAUCCCGCUUAGACUCACAUGGACUUUUCCAUUGUCGGAUUGAGCCAUCAACCAAACAUAUUUUAGCUGAAUUAAUUUAUUCUAUUUCUCGAGACUUAUUAAUUAAACAAUUAGAUAAAAGAAAUGUUAUUCCUCAAAUCUGUUUUCAAGUAGGUGAGUAGAUCGAAACCCAGAACAACCUCUUUUUUUUUGCUUAAAACCCCAAGAACUACUUAUAGACCUAACUUUAACAACAACAAUACAAAAGAAAUGUACUAAGCACACAAUACAAAACGAAGCAUGAUGGUCUAACUAACUCCAGCGAAUAUAACUUAUGAGCGAGUGGUAAGGAAAAACACUUUCCUUGUAAAGAAGAAAGAAAAUUCACAUUAAUUAGGUUAGAAGAAAUCAUAAAAGAAAAUUCAAAACUUUUGAUCACAUGGUUGUGUGGACUAAACUUGGACUUUUCUUUAAUCAUAUAGUUCAUUUUUCAUUUUCAAGGAAGAUCGAUACUUUUACUUAUGUUCUUUUUAUUUAAUUGUAAUGACACUCCCAGAGUUAAAAACCAGUAUUGAAAGAAGCAAAUGGUUUUGCCUCUCCAAGUAGGCAACUAUGCCUCCCAAAGAAAAAGAGACAUCAUGCUCACUCCAUGCCUAUAAAUACUCCUCAAAUCAAUAACUUAUCCAUUCAAAUUGUGUCUGAGAACAAAAAGGCAAAAAAAAAAAAAGAAGAAGAUGGGUUUAAUCAAAGAGAAAGAGAUGGAGAUUCCAGUCAUUGAUUUUAGUGAACUGGAUGGAGAAAACAGAACCAAGACUAUGUCUCUUCUUGAUCAUGCAUGUGAUAAGUGGGGCUUCUUCAUGGUUGAUAAUCAUGGAAUUGAUAAAGAAUUGAUGGAUAAAGUAAAACAGCUGAUUAACUCUCAUUAUGAGGAGCAUUUGAAAGAGAAGUUUUACCAGUCAGAGAUGGUCAAGGCUUUGAGUGAAGGCAAAACGUCAGAUGCUGAUUGGGAAAGCACUUUCUUCGUUUGGCAUAAGCCGACUUCAAACAUAUCCAAAGUCUCCAACAUUUCAGAUGAACUCAUCAAGACAAUGGAUGAAUAUGUUUCUCAACUGCACAAGUUUGCAGAAAGGCUCUCUAAACUCAUGUGUGAAAAUCUUGGUCUCCCUCGAGAACACAUAGUGAAUGCGUUCUCCGGUAUAGAAGGUCCAGUUUUUGGGACAAAAGUGGCUAAAUACCCAGAAUGCCCUCAUCCGGAGCUCAUUAGAGGGCUGAGAGAACAUACUGAUGCUGGAGGGAUCAUAUUGCUCUUGCAGGAUGAUCAAGUGCCUGGUCUUGAGUUCUUGAAAGAUGGGAAGUGGGUUCCUAUCCCACCAUCGAAGAACAAUACCAUUUUUGUCAAUACCGGUGAUCAAGUCGAGAUAUUGAGUAAUGGGAAGUACAAGAGUGUUGUACACCGUGUGAUGACGAUGAAGCAAGGAAGUAGACUGUCGAUAGCUACAUUUUACAAUCCAGCUGGGGAUGCCAUAAUAUCUCCAGCUCAAGAGAUGUUGUACCCAAGUGGUUACCGAUUCCAAGACUACCUUAAGCUUUAUUCAACCACUAAGUUUGGAGACAAAGGCUCUAGAUUUAAUACCAUGAAGAAAAUGGAGAAUGGGGAUUCCGUCUAGGAUGCAUCGCCUGAACGUAACGCUGCUUUUGUAUUUCACAUGAAACUCUAUUUCUAUUAAAACUUUGUCUUCUUGUUGUGUUUCUUUCAUAAAGGAAUAACAAUUAUGCCAGGAUCAUGCUGAUUCAACUAUUUUGCUUUGUUAAGAAAAAAUAACUCUUUUUACUCAAGUGAUUUUGUACUAGGCAAGUCGUUGAUGGCAACUUUAAAAACAUUAGUUUGAACUUUGAAGGUCUUUUAUAUUGUACUUUUAUUUUUAAGGAUGUCCUUAAGAUAUUAGUAUGUUUUGGCUAAAAAGUUAUAUAUCGUUUAAUUCUGUUUAUCUUUUAAAACAACAAAAACACAAAAGAUAUUUCAUGUUAAGCGAUAAUUCAAUAUGAUUAAGAGAAUGAUAACCUAGUUAGUAAUUAGUAAUUACCAACAUCCGUAUGGUCAUAAAAGAGAACCCAAGAUAAUGAAAAAAAAAUGUCAAACCAUAAAACUUGGACAAUGGUGAAACAAAAACAGUUUUUAUUUAAGUUUUCGUAGGAUCAAACUCCCACGGCUGCUUCUUGUAAUAGCAGACCACAAACUAAACCAAGUGGUCUUAUUUGUAGCAACUUCUUUUUCUUCACCUUUUAACUUGGCAUGUAACUGAGCAAAUUCCAGCAAAUUUUUUUUUUUUUUUUUUGCUUGUACUAAAUAGCUUAAUUUUGGUGAAGAAACCAGCAAAUUUUCAUUUUAUUUUAAUAAAUAAAUGAUAUCUCAUUCAACUUUAAUGUUACUGAAUGAUACAUGGAGAUAAUAAAUAAUACUCCAAGUAAAGAUUUUUUUAGAUUUUUUUCUUGUUCCACAAAGAUAGAUUUUCUAUAUUGUUAAGGUAUUUUUUUAUACUUUUGAAAAACAUUAAUUGAGAAUAUUUGAAUUAAUUAAAUUUCAUUGGUGGAAAGUUAUUGAAAAGUGUAUAAUAAAGUAAAAGAUAAAUUAAAUUAUAAAUAUUUAUUAAAUUAUUAAUAAGCGUCCAUACUCUAAAAAAUCUUACUUUUGCGAACAGAGAGAGUAUUCUUUUGAUGGUACUACGGAUGCUACAACUUUAAGAUGGUGCUGUUGAUCAUCUGGACUAAAUAGGUUGACAAAGAGGAAUCCCAAGCCCUUAAUCUUGAACUGUACAUAGAGUGGUAGAUUACUAACUUAGGCUUCGAAUGUUACGAACUGCCUCGCUCCGCAGUUAACAGUAACAAAAAUCUCUACAUAUACUAUAUAUCUAUACGUUUUUAUAACUGUUAAAACCGCACCGCAAUUAAUGUAUGUAGCGGCUAGAGGCUUGUUCAAAAUGAAUCCUCCAAUGAUUAUAGUGCCUAAAUCCAUUGAGGAAGGCAUCGAGACUUUGCUCGAGGUUCCUAGAGCUAAGGCACAAUCCUGUUAGCUUGGACAUAGGAGGACAACCUCUAGCAUCCAACUACCCAUUGCCGCCCAAGGUUUGUGGUUUUUUUUUGUGUGUGUUGUUUGGUGGCAUAGUGAUACAGUAGCUUCAUCAGGUGUCAGUAGAACCAUGAGGAGAAUUCUUUCAGUGGAGUUGGCUUUUGAACCAAAGAUUGUAUAUUGUUGGUUCUUCUCGGUAGAUAUAUGCUUAAGUUCCGUUUCUUAGGUCAGCAAAAUGGUGCAACGACAUCUGACAUGAGGGAAUAAGUAGGUGGGGGAUCUCACGAUAUCUAAAAAUCAUUAUUUUGCAUUUUUUUCUGAGAGCAUUCUGAUUAGCUACACCGUGUGUUAUCCUUAGGCUAUGCUCUAUUAUUGUCUUGGUGCGUCACAUUCUCAACUUGUAAACUAGAGUGUUCAUAUUUUUGUUCUAGGGUGGAUUGUCAAUGUAUGUAGCGGCUAAAAUUUUCUAAUCUUUUAUAUAGUUUCCUUGUAAAAGGUAUCUUAUUGCUUGGUCAAAGACUGCUGGCAUUAUGAUACCAGUUAGAUUCAUCAGGUGUCAGCAGAAAUAUGAGGAGCAUCCUUUCAUUAGAGUUGGCUUUUGAACCAAAUAUUGUUUAUAUGAGAAAAAUCAUAUAUUACCAAGGGGGUAUAGGAGUCCAGCAUCCAAAAGCUAGAUUGUGUUAGGUUAUAGUGUCCUCAUUCAAAAUUGUGUUGGUUCUUAUCGGUAAUCAUAUGCUUAAGUUUCGGUUUUCAGGUCAGCGAAUAAUGCAACAUCAUCUGACAUUAAGGAGUAAGAAGGUGGGCUCGUAAGAUAUCUAAAAAAGGUUUCUCUUAACAACCUCAGUAUUCUCUGAAGAUUGUGGGCUUAAUCCACUUCAAGAUUCUGCAAACGAGACUGCUUCUUCCAUGAGGCAAGUGUCUAUUGUUUUCUCUGAUAUGUCGUCACUCUUUUGUCAUCAUUGAGGUUUAGGCCCUUGACAGAGGCAAAGAGGCAAGAGAAGGAGGACGUUAAUUAAACAAUUAGAUAAAAGAAAUGUUAUUCCUCAAAUCUGUUUUCAAGUAGGUGAGUAGAUCGAAACCCAGAACAACCUCUUUUUUUUUGCUUAAAACCCCAAGAACUACUUAUAGACCUAACUUUAACAACAACAAUACAAAAGAAAUGUACUAAGCACACAAUACAAAACGAAGCAUGAUGGUCUAACUAACUCCAGCGAAUAUAAGCGAGUGGUAAGGAAAAACACUUUCCUUGUAAAGAAGAAAGAAAAUUCACAUUAAUUAGGUUAGAAGAAAUCAUAAAAGAAAAUUCAAAACUUUUGAUCUCAUGGUUGUGUGGACUAAACUUGGACUUUUCUUUAAUCAUAUAGUUCAUUUUUCAUUUUCAAGGAAGAUCGAUACUUUUACUUAUGUUCUUUUUAUUUAAUUGUAAUGACACUCCCAGAGUUAAAACCAGUAUUGAAAGAAGCAAAUGGUUUUGCCUCUCCAAGUAGGCAACUAUGCCUCCCAAAGAAAAAGAGACAUCAUGCUCACUCCAUGCCUAUAAAUACUCCUCAAAUCAAUAACUUAUCCAUUCAAAUUGUGUCUGAGAACAAAAAGGCAAAAAAAAAAAA